AUGGCCGCAUCUAUUCUGGAGGUAGGGAAUCUAAUUGAAGAAGCACGUUAUGGCUCCAGUCCUCUGGCUAUGCUAACUGCGACCUGUAACAAGUUUGGCAGCACCAGCCCAGUCAGGGACUCUGCCACACCCGCUAAGAACGGCGGCACCAGUCCGCUCAAGAAGGCCUACGGCAUGACAUCGGACCUCCAGGCGACUAAGAACGCACGGGUCGCAGACGGCAGCGGCAUGGUGGACUCCUACGGCGGCUCCUUCACCACAGCCGGAGGCGGCGGCGGACUGCUCACCCCGACCGGGAGCCCCCCUCCUACCAACGGAGGCUACGCUACAGAGUACAACCCUUUCUCCCAUUCCUUCCAGACGUCAGUCUCCCAGGAUCAGUCCUUGUUAGUGUCCAAAAGCCACGCUCCAGCGGACUGCCUCACCAGCGUCUAUACCUCACUAGACAUGACGCACCCUUACGGCUCCUGGUACAAAGCCGGCAUCCAUCCCGGUAUCACCGCCGCCCCCGCCAACGCCACGUCUUCCUGGUGGGACGUCCAUCCCAACUCCAACUGGCUGUCAGCGACCCAGCCCCAGUCGGACGGAGGUCUUCAAGCCUCCCUGCAGCCGGUGGCGCCUCAGGCUUCCCUUAGCCCGCAGUUGCCCAGUUACACCACCGAUUUUACACCCCUGAACCCGGCCCCCUACCCUUCGGUGGGACUGGGCUCCUCCUCGCACCUCCUCCAGCCCUCCCAGCACAUGCUGCCCCAGGACAUGUACAAGCCCAAGCCUGUCCAAGGCGCGGGGCUAAUUGAGAGUCCCAUGGGCUUAAAACCAGCCAGGGGAUCAGGGGGCUACGGCGCGGGUACGACACCCUCCAGGUCCUCGUGUGACUGCCCCAACUGCCAGGAGCUGGAGAGACUGGGGGCCUCGGCCGCCUCCCUGAGGAAGAAGCCGGUGCACAGCUGCCACAUCCCGGGCUGCGGGAAGGUCUAUGGCAAGGCGUCCCACCUGAAGGCUCACCUGCGCUGGCACACGGGCGAGAGGCCCUUCGUCUGCAACUGGCUCUUCUGCGGCAAGCGCUUCACCCGCUCCGACGAGCUGGAGAGGCACGUGCGCACGCACACCCGGGAAAAGAAGUUCACCUGCCUGCUAUGCAACAAGCGCUUCACCCGCAGCGACCACCUCUCCAAGCACCAGAAGACCCACGCGGACUCGGCGCUGCAGGGCAAGGCCGGGACCGCAGAGGGUGAGGCCGACCGCCGCAACGAGGAGACGGCGGAGCUCAACGCCGGCAAUCCUGCAGCCGACCCCAUCGCCAACGGAGACGAGAAGAUGGCGGCGGCGGCUGGACUGGAGAACAGCAGCGGACUGUUGGAGAUCUGA